AUGAAUUGGAAGAAAAAACGUAAAGCUGCAUUACCUAAGAAGAGCCCACAGGGGCCGCUAGCCGAAGCGACCUCAGAAGCGAGAAGAAUGGGGACGAGCCCGGAGCAGAGGGGCCGGGAAUGCAGGCGGCAAGUACUGUUUCCCUUCUUGUUCUCUUUGCUGUGCCAGGCGCUGGGCGAGCAGAUUAGCUACUCGAUCCCCGAGGAGAUGGCAAAAGGCUCGGUGGUGGGGCAUCUGGCUAGAGAUCUGGGGCUCAAUAUCAGAGACGUGUCGGCUCGGAAGCUGCGGGUUAGUGCCGAGAAGCAGCUCUUUACUGUGAGCGCCGACAGCGGGGACUUACUUGUCAGCGACCGGAUAGACCGAGAGCAAAUAUGCGGUAACAAACCCGAAUGUGCUGUGGAACUGGAAACUGUAGUUGAAACCCCCUUGAAUGUUUUUCAUUUGCGUGUGACCAUCACGGACAUUAACGACAAUGCUCCCCGUUUCAAAAAACAAAACAUUGAUUUAGUAAUCAAUGAACUUGCUCUCCCGGGAGCCAAAUUUGGAUUGGAAUUUGCGCAGGACCCUGAUAUUGGAAUCAACACGGUGCAGAGUUACCAUAUCAGUCAAAACUCGCAUUUCUCGCUGGUAGUAAAAGAGAACCCGGAUGGUAGUAAAUUCCCGGAAUUAUUAUUGGAGAAGCCUUUGGACCGGGAGCAACGGAGUUCCCAUUAUUUAGUCCUGACGGCUGUAGAUGGAGGGGAUCCGGUCCGCAGUGGCACCGCCCAGAUCCGGAUCAACGUCACUGACGCCAAUGACAACGCCCCCGUGUUCAGACAGGACGUGUACAAGGUCGGCCUGAGGGAGAGCCUGCCCCCGGGUUCCCCCGUCCUGCUCGUGGAAGCCACUGACCGGGACGAUGGAGUCAAUGCGCAAGUCACUUACUCAUUUAAAGCAAUUCAGGACGACGCUCGAAAUGUGUUCAACUUGGACCCAUUUAGUGGACAGAUUAAAGCCAAUGGGAUUUUAGACUUUGAAGAAACAAACACUUACACGAUUACUGUGGAAGCGAAGGACGGCGGAGGUCUGACUGCCGAAUGCAAAAUCAUCAUAGAAAUUCUGGAUGACAACGAUAAUGCCCCGGAUGUGACGUUUACAUCGGCAUCCAGUACGGUUCCUGAGGACUGUGAGCCAGGGACCGUGAUAGCGCUGAUCAAAAUCCGUGAUCGGGACUCCGGAGACAAUGGGGCGGUCACGUGUCGGAUAGAGGGCGAAGUGCCUUUCAAAAUCAUAUCCUCCUCUAGUAAUUACUACAAGCUCGUGACGGACAGUUUCCUGGACCGAGAACAGACCGCCGAAUACAAUAUCACAGUCACUGCUACAGACAGGGGAAAGCCCCCUCUCACCACCUCCAAAACCAUCUCCCUGUUUAUCGCUGAUGUCAAUGACAACCCGCCCGUGUUCCCCCACGCUACCUACGAGGCCUAUGUUCCCGAGAACAACCGGCCCGGAGCCUCCAUCUACCGGGUCAGCGCCUCCGACCGAGACCUGGACGAUAACGCCCGCAUCUCCUAUUCCCUGUUGGACAGCUCCGAGUCCGAACUGCCGCUGUCCUCUUCCGUGUCCAUCAACUCUCACAGCGGGGACAUCUAUGCGCAGCGCUCCUUCGACUACGAGCAGUUCCGCGCCUUCGAACUGCUGGUGCAGGCCCAGGACUCCGGCUCCCCGCCGCUGCGGGCCAACGUGACCGUGCGCGUGUUCAUCGUGGACCAGAACGACAACGCCCCCCGCAUCCUCUACCCCUCCCUGGGGCCCGACGGCUCGGCCCUGUUCGACACGGUCCCUCGCUCGGCCGAGCCCGGCUACCUAGUCAGCAAGGUGGUGGCCGUGGACGCGGACUCGGGCCCCAACGCCUGGCUGGCCUACCACGUGCUGCAGGCCAGCGAUCCCGGGCUUUUCAGCCUGGGGCUCCGCACCGGAGAGAUCCGGACAGCGCGGGCCUUGGCCGAUGGCGACCCAGCCCGGCACCGCCUGGUCGUGGCCGUGCGGGAUGGCGGCCAGCCGCCCCUCUCGUCCACCGUGGCUCUCCACCUGGUCUUCGCCGACAGCCUGCAGGAAGCCCUUCCCGAGUUGAACGACCGCUCCUCCCCCACCGCCAGUCAGACCGAUUUGCAGUUUUACCUGGUUUUGGCUUUGGCCUUAAUCUCCGUUUUAUUCCUCGUCACGGUCAUCCUGGCCAUCGCGAUGCGCUGCCGCCAUUCAUCGAAACCCGGAGUGUUUGGCUGUUUGAGGCCGGCUUUGUACUCCCAGGCGGCGGGGCCCAUCUUUCCCCCCAAUUACAAAGAAGGGACCCUGCCAUAUUCGUAUCAGUUGUGUUUAUCGUCGGACCAGGGCAAAGGCGAAUUUCCUUUCCCGAUCUUGAAUGGCCAAAGAACUUUAGGAGGGGAAGUCCGGUCAGAUUAUCCUUCUGAUCUGGUGCCCGAGGAGUCAGCUAAAGAUCUUGAAAAUAUUCUAAGCGAUUUUGCUAACUCUGCACAGAGAACUUUCCGUUCCCGUACUGUCUGCAAGCAAGGCAUGGAUCAGGCUCGCUGA